GGAGCCCGCCCCCUGACGUCGGGCGCCGGGGACGCCAGGAGGUUUGUGGCGGUGCCGGCGCCAUUUUGCCUGAGCGUGCGAGCUAGUGGGAGUGGAGCGCAGCGGCCGCUGUCGCCGUCGCCUUCCGCCUCCCCACACUCCAGACAGCGGGGUGACUAGGCCGCCGGCCCUCGAGCCGAGACUUGUGUCUUAUUUAGUUCUCGGGAACUCCUGGCCAACAUGAGUGAUGUAGAGGAGAACAACUUCGAGGGCAGAGUGAGUACAAAGCCGCGGGAGCCGUCUUCGGCGGCGGCCCGAUGCUCCGGGGCUCGGGGACGAGCGCGGUCGGUCGGGCGAGGUUACGGGGCCCGCGGGAGCAGCCUCGAGGGCCGCCGCGAGCGCGUCCUCCCGUCCCACGGUGGCUGCGGGGUCCCCCUGCCUGUCCAGAUGGCCCGCUAGCCCGCAGCGCUCGAUUCUGGCGACUGACCGGUACCUGGCCUGGUCCUAUCCUCUCCUGUCGCUCCCUUUCCCCUCAGCUUCCCAUCUCUGCUCCGAGGUGCGGGUCCCCGGCGCGGUGGGGCAGGAGGCGGCGGGGCGCUCCCUCCGGCCGGAUAGUGGAGUCUCGCUCUCAGUCAAAAUCUCCAACGGGAACUCCUGCUCGCGUAAAAUCAGAGAGCAGGUCAGGAUCUCGUAGUCCAUCAAGAGUUUCCAAACAUUCUGAAUCCCAUUCUCGAUCAAGAUCAAAAUCCAGGUCAAGGUCAAGGAGGCAUUCUCAUAGACGCUACACUCGGUCCCGGUCCCACUCUCAUAGAAGACGAUCUCGAAGUAGAUCCUAUACGCCAGAGUAUCGUCGACGACGAAGCCGGAGUCACUCUCCAAUGUCUAAUCGCAGAAGACAUACAGGCAGCAGGGCAAAUCCAGAUCCCAACACUUGCCUGGGUGUCUUUGGCCUCAGUUUGUACACAACAGAGAGAGAUCUUCGUGAAGUAUUCUCUCGAUAUGGACCAUUGAGUGGUGUCAAUGUAGUUUAUGAUCAGCGAACUGGAAGGUCACGUGGAUUUGCUUUUGUGUAUUUUGAGAGGAUAGAUGACUCUAAGGAGGCUAUGGAAAGGGCAAAUGGGAUGGAGCUGGAUGGUAGAAGAAUUCGUGUGGAUUAUUCUAUCACCAAGAGAGCACACACGCCUACACCAGGCAUUUACAUGGGCAGACCGACUCAGUAAGGUUCCAUAUUUUAUGGGAUAGAGUGCCUAGCAGCAUGUUCAGAGCAUGAGUAUAGGGCCCAGACUAUAAAGCAAAUCCAACUUCCAACUAAGUUUAAACUGCAUUCCAGAAAUGUAGAAAUACAUCCCCCUUCCUUCCAUAUAAUUUUAUUUUUAUCAGUAUAUAAUCAUUUAAGGGGACAGGAAAGAUGGCUCAUCAGUUAAGAAUACAUACUACUCCUGCAGAGAACAUGAGUUUGAACAUACCUAAUUUAAUUACACUAUUUCAUGCAUUUAUUUAAGCAAGUGAACAAAAUAUUGUAGCUAGAGUUUUCCUGCCUGGCCCACAGUCAGGACAAAUCUCUCUCACCCGCCAGUCUCACAGCCUCUCAGACCCGACCGACCAAGUAAACACAGAGACUUAUAUUGCUUACAAACUGUAUGGCCGUGGCAGGCUUCUUGCUAACUGUUCUUACAGCUUAAAUUAAUCCAUUUCCAUUAAUCUAUACCUUGCCACAUGGCUCGUGGCUUACCGGCAUCUCCUCAGUGGCUUGUCAUGGUGGCUGCUGGCAGUGUCUCUGACUCAGCCUUCCACUUCCCAGCUUUAUUCUCCUCCUUGUCCUGCCUAUACUUCCUGCCUGGCCACUGGCCAAUCAGUGAUUUAUUUAUUGACCAAUCAGCAACACACUUGACAUACAGACCAUCCCACAGCAAAAUAUCUGUAUGUUCUUUACUCUUAGUUAUAUACAAAUAGAAAAAAUAAUUAGAUGUUGCUGGAUGGGUGUCUUGCCUCUAAUCCCCAGCAUUCAGUAGGCUAGCAAAGGAGAAUUACUACUACUUUUGAAGCCAGCCUUGGCUACAUGUGGUGUGAGAACCUUUCUGUCUCCAUAAGAUCAAAAUAAAUGCAUUCUUGGAGGCCUCUUUGUAGGACAGAUUGUAUUGGUGCUGGUGUUUGUUUUAAAAUACCAUGAUUUUCACAUUGAACAAAAACAUAAAUUUUUUUUUUCCUUAAAAGAAUACAGAGGAGGUAGAUGCAGGCAAAUCUCUGUAGUUUGAGGCCAGCUAGGACUACUGUCACACAAAAAAAUGGCAAAUGGUGGGGAGAGGCAGAUACAGGUUUAUAGCAGUAGGCGCCUUUGCCCACUGACCCAUUUUUCCAGCCUCUACAUUUGCUGUUUAUUUCUUUUCUUUGUUUGUUUGUUUGUUUGUUUGUUUGUUUUUCGAGACAGGGUUUCUCUGUGUGGCUUUGCGCCUUUCCUGGAACUCACUUGGUAGUCCAGGCUGGCCUCGAACUCACAGAGAUCCGCCUGGCUCUGCCUCCCGAGUGCUGGGAUUAAAGGCAUGCGCCACCACCGCCCGGCCGCUGUUUAUUUCUUAAUUGUCUUUCUUUCCGUUCUUCUUAGGCAUAGUUUAGUGCAUUUUGUUCCUAUUUCCCAUGCUUUGGGGCGGGGGAGGUGGUGAUGGUGCAGAGUCUCUGUAUAGAUCCUUAGCUGUCCUGGAACUCACUUUGUAGACCAGGCUGGCCUCACAGAGAUCCUCUUACCUCUGCCUUCCGAGUACUGGGGUUAAAGGCAUGUGCCACUGCACUCGGCUUAAAAGUUUUUGUUCUUAUGUUUUUGGGGAGGGGUGUAUGCACAUUAGUACAGUGCCCUUAGAGACCAAAAGAUGGCGUCAGCUUCAUUGGCUUGGCUAGAGUGGCAGGCAAUUGUGAGCCACCCUAAGUGAAUGCUGGGAACCAAACUGAAUCUUGGAAGAGUAACAAGUACGCUCUUAACUGCUGGGCCAUAUCUCCAGAGAGUUGUGUUAGAGCAUAAGGAGCCAAAGCAGAACACCAUGGAAGUGAGCAAGGAGAGGUGGGAGGACAUUGGCCAGGCAAGGGAGGUUCCCUCACUUUUCUAGUUUGUAUUCAAUGGUCCUGGAUGAUGACCUUUUCUUUUUUUCUUCAUUUUCUGUAGUAGUGGUGGUGGAGGUGGAGGAGGAGGCGGCGGCGGUGGAGGCGGCGGUGGUGGUAGACGACGGGAUUCUUACUAUGAUAGAGGAUAUGAUCGAGGCUAUGACAGAUAUGAAGAUUAUGAUUACCGGUACAGAAGAAGGUCACCUUCUCCUUAUUACAGUCGAUACAGGUCACGGUCAAGAUCUCGUUCCUACAGCCCAAGACGCUAUUAAUAAUGGAGUGGUUGUGGCCAAGGACUCUCUGCCCCCCCCCCUUUUUUCCCCUUCCCCCUUUGAUUCUGGAUUUCUAAGCUUCCAAUGCUUCCUAGUCCUAAAAACAAAACAAAAACCUCAUUUAUUUCAUCUAUAGUGUGGCCAGUUGUGUUGCUGUUUUCCACCCUUCGUUAUACUCUUAAAGGUGUAAUUGUCAUUUAAGUCCUUGAACAUCUGAGUAAAAAGGAGCCCAGUGUUAGACUUUGUGGUUCUUCUCUGCCUUUACUAUGAGGAAAAAAUGAUCUUUUGAAAGCUUUUGUGACGAAUAUUGUAGUAGAUGUCCUUUUAUUAGAAAUCUGCAGUUAUAACAAACUGCUUUUUAACCUUCUUUGGGGAAAGAUAAAUAACACUUGAAGUAGGUCAGUCAUGUCAAGUUUGUCUGGAGUGGCAUGGAACAGGAUUAGUUGAGUGUAGAAAGUUUGAAGCUGUAGGAGAAAAAUAUGCAGAAUGUAACUUUGAACCUAAAAAAUUAAGUCACCUUUUAGGAAUUAAAAACUUGUAGAUUCCUAUAAAACUUGUUAUAUUUGAAGUUACAUGUUAAACCUUAUAAACUUAAAGUGUGAUUUUUAUGUUAAAUUUACAGAAACUUAAGUAUUCCCUUAAUCACUGAAGGAAAACCUUUAUUUAUUACCUAGAACAAUUGUAUAACUUGCUGUUAGAAAUUUUGGUAUUGGUUGGUUAUUGGUUUCGUGGGUUAUUGUAUUGGAUAGGAUCCUAAAAUUCAUGUGGGGAAGAGUAAUUUCAAAUAAAAGUUAAUUUGAAAAUGUGA